AGCAGCCGUGAGGCAGACGGUGCUGGCUGCAAGAUGGCGGCUCCCGUGCUCCGGUGAGGCGGGCGGCCGCCGCAGGCUUUGUUCCCGCAGCCGCCGCGCUCGGGGCCGCGGGGGCUGCGGGGCCGCCUCCCCAACGCCCUGCUGCUUUUUUUUGUUUUAUUUUUGGCUUUUGCGUUGCUUGGCUGGGUUUGGUUUGGGGUGGUUUUUUUUUGGUUCGUUGUUUUCUUUUUUUUUUUUUUUAAUUAGAUGGUUUUAAGUUUUUUUUUCCUAUUUAAAAUCUGGGAAGUUUGCAGGCCCCCCCCCAGGCCAAAGCUUAUGGCAGCUUUUCCAUGUUGGACCAGGAGAGUGGUAAUAGACCUUCUUACUAAAUUAAAUGCGCACUCUGCUCCUCGAGGCACGGUGCGCUUCAACCCUAGCUGAUUUCCCAGCCACAGCAGCAUGGUGCCUCCGGGGAAAAAGCCAGCUGGGGAAACUUCCAAUUCCAACAAAAAGUGCAAACGCUAUUUCAAUGAGCACUGGAAGGAAGAAUUCACCUGGCUGGAGUUUGACUAUGAGAGGAAGCUCAUGUUUUGCGCGGAGUGCCGGCAGGCUCUGGUGAAGAACAAGCACGGUAAAGCGGAGAACGCUUUCACCGUGGGCACCGACAACUUCCAGCGGCACGCGCUGCUGCGCCACGUCACCUCGGGUGCCCACCGCCAGGCUCUGGCCGUCAACCGCCAGCAGCUGGCCUUCGACACGCCCCGUGUUGGCCACGCCGAGCUGCGCUCGCUCAUCAAGGUGGAGGUGAACCCGGCCAAGGUGGCCGUUCUCACCACUGUCUACUGGAUGGCCAAGGAGGAGAUCCCCGAUGAGAAGUGCUCCUCCCUGCUGAGCUUGCAGAAGUUCAACCUGUGCCAGGCGCUGCUGGCGUCGGAGCACAGCGAGUUCUACCACCCUGGCAGCGUCAGGGAGAUGCAGGCAGCCAUUGCCAAAGUCCUCCACAACGAGGACAGGCACAGGAUCAAAGCCUCGCCGUUCAUUGGGCUGGUGGUGGAUGAGACAGUGGACGUCCUGGAGCACCGCAGCCUCGCCGUGUUCACCACCACUGUCUCCCCCUGCAACGGGCAGACCUCCACCACCUUCCUGGGCAGCUUCGAGCUGCCUGCAGGGGAGGCCUCCACGGUGGCAGGCAAGGUGGGCGAGGUGAUGCGCUCCUUUGGCAUCCCCACCAUGAAGCUCACCUGGCUCAGUGCUGACAGUGCCUCGCUGGUGGCCGAGCGGCUCAGCGGGGUGGGGACGGCGCUGAGCUCGCUCUGCCCGCUCCUCACUGAGGUGCACUGCCUGUCCCACGGCACCUCCCUGCUGCUGGCCGAGAGCAUCAGCACCAUCGAGUACCUCCAGAAGUAUGAGACCACUGUGGAUGCUGUGUAUAGGCUCUACUCCAGCUUCCAGGGGGAAGGGGAUAGCCUGCAGGAGCUGCGGAGGGUCCUGGACCUCUGUGAGAUAGACCUUGGGAGCCCCAAAGCCAUCCACUGGACUUCUAUCUUCCCAGCCGUAGAAGCCAUUGACUCCUCGUGGCCCACACUGGUGCUGCUGCUGGAGAGCCAGGCGGAGCGCUCACCCGUGGCCCGUGGCCUCUGCGAAGAGCUGAAGAAGUUCCAGUUUGUGGCCUUCACCAAGAUCCUCCUGGAUGUCCUCCCCAUCUUCCAGAAGCUCAGUCGUUUCUUCCAGAUCGAGGAUUUUGACCUCUCCAUCUUGAAGCCCAUAGUCUCAGCCACGGCCACCACACUGCAGGCCCAGCAGAGCACCAGUGGCCAGAACCUCCAGGAGUUCCUCAGAGAGAUGAACAAGCACCCACAGGAUGGCCGGGACGGCGAGAGCCGCCUCUACUACAAAGGUGUUGAGCUGGCCAACUGCUCCCAGGUGCACCUAAAACACUUUGAGCACCUGAAAGACAGCUACCUGGAGAAGGUACGGGGCAACCUGCUGGACAGGUUCCCCAGCAGCGUCCUGGAGGCCAUCAGCUCCUUCUCUGCCAUCUUCAACCCCAAGUGCUACCCGCAGUCUCUGGAGGACAUUGGCAGCUAUGGGGUGAGCGAGCUGAAUUUCCUGCUGCGGGUGUACUCACGGGUGGUGGUGAGCGAGAGGGCCCUGAGCGACUUUCCCCUCUUCAAGCGCAUCGUCUUCAGCCUCGGCCAGCUCUCCUUCAAGGACCUCUGCGUCAAGCUGGUCUACAGCAGCUCUGAGAUGCAUGAGCUCUUCCCAGACUUCGCUGUCCUGGCAGCUAUUGCGCUGGCCUUGCCGCUGGGCUCGGUGCUUGCCGAGAAGAUCCGCCGGGGCCGGGAGCUGCUGAAGCGCGGCCGCUCGCGCCUCGCCAGGGACCAGGGGCUCUCUGACCUCAUGAAGAUCGCCAUCGACGGGCCAGCCAUCAGCGAGUUCAACUUUGCCUUGGCCAUCGAGUGCUACGAGAGCAUGAGGGAGUCUGGGUUCAUUGUGGCACAGGUGAAGUGAGCGUGGCUGGUUUGGAGCCCCAGGACCAGCUGAACACCGCCUUUCCACAUCGCUGGUCACUGCUGGAGCUGGGCAGCCACAGUGGAUGGUGACCUGCUCUGUGCUGGGAAGAGAAAACAGGAUCCUCAUGCCCCAAGCCUCUGUUUGAAUCAUCCAGAAUUCAGAAUCCUGAGGCCACCCGAGAUCCCAAAUUGCAAUGAGUUUUUUGCAAGGGUUUGUCAUCAUUUUGUUUUGGGGAGAGGAAGGCAAAGCUCUUGAGCUCAAAUGUCACGUUGCCUUUGCACAGAGAUACCCAGCAGCUUUUGCUUAAUGCUCUGCAAAAAUAUGGGAUUUUUGUUAUUCUGGAGCCUGGAGAGUGAAUGCAGAAAAGGCAGCGCAUCCUCCGAGCUCUGCGCCGACCCCAACGUGCCUGGCGGUGUCGUGUUGGUGUUCCUUGCACACAGCACAGGGUAUUUUUAGCAGUGGCAUCAAGUCAUGAUCAUUUCAAGAGCAAGAGAUUUAGGGAAUGAUAUUGUAAUGGCUGAGGAAAUGUUAACUUUAAAUGCAUCAUUGUGUACAUAUGUGUAUGUGUAUAUAUAUAUAAA